CUAUACCAUACAAGAAGAAGAAGAUGACGAGAUUGGGCCAUGUUACAGAGUGCGAAUAGACUGCAUGACAGAGAUCGACUGACAUGAGAUUCUCAUAGUCGUCUCUUGUUCCGUACACGUCAUCUGUCUGCGACGCUACGGGAAUUGUGAGGUGGCAGCUAGCUAGUUAGCGGACCUACCUCCGACAUGUCUGCCAUAUUUAACUUCCAGAGCCUGCUGACAGUGAUCCUAUUGCUCAUCUGUACCUGUGCCUAUCUCAGAGCCAUGGCACCCAGUCUCCUGGACAAGAACAAGACCGGCCUCUUGGGUAUCUUCUGGAAAUGUGCUAGAAUAGGUGAGAGGAAGAGUCCGUACGUGGCGGUUUGUUGUGUCGUCAUGGCCCUCUCCAUCCUCUUCUCCGACUAGCAACCCACCCUGCCCCGCCACGCCCUGCACACUGGGAUUCCUAGUGGCGGAAUAAAGAAGACAGUCAUUCAGGAGAAGCAGCAGCAUCUCCACUCUCACAGAGGAGGCCUGUAUGGGACACAGCUGUGUUUCUCUUCGGUGGGGUGCCGCAGGGGGCGCGGUUAAUGGACUGUAGUAACACAUAGGGACCCACUCUAGAGAAGAACACAAGCAUCCUUCUCCAUCACUCCCUCCAUCUUUCUGGUGGCCAUUUCACAGUUUAGCCUCAAUCAGUUGUUAACCAACGGCCUCCUGGAUCUCUCUGUAAACACUGACAGUUGUUGUCCUCUGAUAUUAACCGUAGGGAUUGCCCCAUGUUUUUCACUGCACUCUGAUUUGUAAUGAGGUCCAUAUGGUAGAUGCACAGAUUUUGGGGAGGAGUGUUUUGAGUAGUUGACUGUUUUUCUGUACAUAAGACUCCAUUGAUUAGACUAUUGGACAGGUGCGCCUUUCUGUAACCCAGGAUUCAGUUUUUUCAUUGAUCACUGGGGGUAUGUCACGAAGUGGCUACAUUUCAGAAACAUUAACCCCGUAUUCACCUUAAAUUCUCCUUCAGAAAAGAAGUAUCUGAUUAGUGUUAACUAGCUAACUGAUUGAUCCUGUUUGGUGAAACGCGACCCUGUGGUAGUGUUCCAUGUUGUGUUUUUUUUGUUGCAGUCGUGAGAUCUGAUGGUCUGUGCAGCGCGACAGGCCGUGAGGCCGAUACGUAAAGCUUAUUAAAGAUCAGUGACACUAUCAA